CGUGGUUUCAGGCGUGCAUGCCAACGGCCAAGAUGCGGCCAAAGGAGCAACGAUCAAAACACUGCCUUCGCACCAGACCAGUGGUCACACCACGCUGGCAACGCUAGAGAUGCAGGCCAGCCCAUGGACACACAGCUGGUUGCUCGAGUGGAUUUGUUUGUGUGUGGCCUGAGCACCACGCGCGUGAGCAUGGCAGCACAAAGACUGCGGCGCCCGCUGCUGUACCACUGUCCAAACCCCGCCGCCUUUGCCAACCUCGACUCCAAGAAAUGCACCCUUCAGAUGGCCUGGAAUGGCUUCCUGUGCUAACAGCCCGACGCUGCUGAAGACGUGGGUGGAGUGGUUCAAGGGCUCCGUAGUCCUCCGCCUGCUCGGCCUUCCUGUCGCGUUAUUGGGCCUUUGUUUCGAGUUCUCGCCCGCCACCAGCUCGCUAAUUUUGUACCGACUCUCACGCCGCCUCCGCCGCUCGUUCCUCCUCUGCACACACGGCAAAGACAAUGCCAUGAGCGUCAAGUCGUCCGCUGGAGGAACAGAUGCCAUGGACCGCGCACAGCCCCAGCCCAAGCCAAAGCCAAACGGCCUCGCCCGGAAACGGUCCAUGACCCUGGGAUCCGAUCGCAGCAGAGCCGCGCUAUCGCCAGGGGUCCAACUCGCAUCAAAUCUCAGCGGUCACCGCUCUGACCCUCCCGCCCCUUCUACCACCAUCACCACCACCACCACCACCACCUCCUCUCCCUCCCCCCUCGAACCCUCCCCCGACAUGUCAUCCCAUUCCCGCUCCAAGACCAUGUCGCACGUUGAUGUCCUCUCCCAAGGCAAGCGCCUGUCGCUGCAGUUCCCCAUCCAACCCGCUGCUGGCAGCAAUUCGCCCAUCCACACACCGCGCUCGCGUCCCCAGUCGUGGGCAAUGGCGCCGUCGCCACUCUCGCCAGAUUCGACGGCCUCCUCGCCCGAACCAAAUCUCCUCGCCGUCCUCGCCGCCCAGGAGCGCUACGUCCUGGAACUCAGGGAGGAACUCACAAAGGCCGAGGCGGACCUCAAGACGCUGAAGAGGCAGUGGUCGAUGCACGAAGCCAACAAACGGCGCAGCGACUCGCGCAGGGUCGCCCAGAUGCAGCCCGUCAACACACUGCUCAUCGACAUCCAGCCCGACCAAGAAGAUGAUGACGGGUCCAUAUCCAUGCAGCGCGAGAUGGAGCGUAGAAAAGCCUUGCUCAACAACACAAAGAGCUCACAGCGCAAGGUCUUCAGUGGUUCGAGGCACCUGCGCACGCUCUCGCUCCUCUCACCUGACAAAUCCUACACGCCCUCCUUCCCCCAGCCCAUCGAUGUCCACAACGAUGAGCCUAUGGACAAACAACCUGUGCCUCUCUCGCGGACCUCGACAUCGUCUGAUCUUAUGCGGAACCUCAUCGAUGAUACCAACAUGGACCGCUCGGACACAAGUAGCGUAACCAACAUGCAGCGCGACAAUAUCAUCCGCGCUAGCUCUCAGAUCGCAACCGACUUCAAGAACGGCCUGGUUACCUUCUUCGAAGACAUCAGACAGGCUACUGUUGGUGAUGAAGCCGUCUCUGGCAACGACAACUUCGCCUUGGCCAAUGGCAGGGGUCCCUCGAAACAGUCCGUCCGCAACCCGUCCGGCGGCCGCCCACCCCUCAGUCGUUCAGCCAGUUCCAAAAAGACCACACCAAGAUCAGGUUCUAUAGGCGAUGACUUUUGGAAAGAACAUGGUUUGAGUGAACCCACACGAACUACCAUGAAUAAAAAGACUCACGCGAUCAAGACCCCACAAAAGCAAACCCAAAGAGCCGUGGAGGAGUUCGAAGAUUGGGAUAACUGGGACACGCCGAGCGAAGCAAAGGCCGUGAACACGCACGACAGCUCCGACGAGUCUGACGUGCCGUCGUCGGAAACCUCUGGCAGUGCACAAGCGAGCAAGAUAUACCACUCGAAGCGUCACGACUCCAAGGCGUCGUCGCAAACUACUGCCAGCUCCGUGGGCCAUGCCGACGACGCUGCACCACGCGAACCCAAGCGCAACUCAAUCCCCUGGCCGGAUCUAGUCAAGCUGUCGCCCACCCACCUCAAACGCACAGCCUCGCAUUUGAUGAAGGAAUGGGAGAAGCAGCUCACCCCUCCCCCAGAGUCUCGCGACUCAACCCACUCCCAUGGAGACUACCUUGGCCGCUGCGGCUCGCCUACUGGCCUUCCUUAAUGACAAAACGACCCACACGCCAGGACAACGCUCUGAUGAUGUUACGCGACCAUACCCCAUGGUCGACAUGAAAUUUUCUUUAAUAUAGAGGAGCAGAGCUUUGCAUAGUGGUUUGGUUUGGUCGAAGAUUGAAUUUGACAUAGCGAGGCGUUGGGA